GAAAACAAAAUUGUUUAGGAAAGGACGGUAUCAAAGAAAGGCAAGGAAUUGAGUUACUCAUCACGAAACGACAGAACAUCGUACGAAAGUUAACAAACAUCGUAUUGUGGCAAGUAGCAGUACACGCGCGGGGGUAACUUGGAAUUUUGUAAAAGAAUGAAUUGCAGAGCAUAAUCCGGGUUUCUCGUUUUAUGUUUAUGUUUUCAGGUGUGUUAUAUUAUAUCUUACAUAAUAAAAUAUAACAUAUAAGAAUUGAUAAAUUUUAAUUGAUUAAUUCAAAUAGUUUUGGGGAGAUUUGCAAGGUUGCCUUUCCUUUCCCCAGGAAUUUCAUAGAGGUAGUGUUGUUUUGGUACAUUCAUCUCUGUGAAAAAAUAUGGGGACGACGAAGAGCAACUCCAAUUCAACCACCCAAUCUGAGAAAAACAAUGCAAAUAAUAAAAACAACUACAACACCAAUGUGGUGUUGAAUGUGUACGAUCUCACCCCUCUCAAUAAUUACUUUUAUUGGUUUGGAUUUGGAAUCUUUCACUCCGGCAUUCAAGUACAUGGUAAGGAAUAUGGAUUUGGAGCACACGACUUCCCAUCAAGUGGAGUAUUUGAAGUGGAGCCAAGGAAGUGCCCUGGAUUUAUAUACAGAUGUUCUGUUAAUUUGGGACAAAUAAACAUGCAUCCUUAUGAGUUUAGGAGUUUUAUUGAGAACAUGGCUAGUGAGUAUCAUGGAGAUACCUAUCACCUUAUAUCUAAGAACUGCAAUCAUUUCACCGAUGAUGUCUCCUUUAGAUUGACCGGAAAACACGUCCCAGGUUGGGUCAAUCGACUUGCAAGGAUAGGUUCCUUAUGCAGUUGUUUACUACCUGAUAGCAUUCAAGUAACAACUGUUAAACAGCUACCGGAAUAUCAUUCAGAAGAUGAAGUUACUGAUUCUCUUUCAACUGCCACGCCUUGUGAAUCAAUGGAAUUAGAUGAUGAAUCAGCAAAACGCCUUCUGUCACCUCUUGCUACCGCAGAGGAUGUUUCUUUUGUUAAAGAGGCCCAAAUAAAAUGAGAAAACACAUGGACAACUUGAGUAGUUAGUUGUCCACUUGAUUUUGUGUAAUUCUUCUUUCUUAGAAUAAUUUCAUUUGUUUGCGUGCCAGGGUCAAUGGGUUGAUUUUGUUUAUUAAUGAUUGUACAUGGGGCUUAGAUUAUUGGGUGACAGCCAGUGUUUUUUAUUUGUUCCCAUAUCUUUUUACUAUUCUAAUUAUAAUCUUGUUAUUAUA